AAUAAAAAAAAUAUUACUUUAAAAUUGUAAACCUUUCUUUAAAAUACUUAAUAAAAAUUUAAACAGCUAUUACUACUUUUUCAAAUUGUCAUUGUGUUAGUGUUGUAAUUAGCAUAAAUUAAGUAAACAUAAAAAUUAAUUUGCAUACUGUUAGGAGUUUCAUUUAAUAACAGUUUUUGUGUAUUUCAAAAAUAAAAACAAAAUAAAUAUAAAUAUUUUUUUCAAAAAUUAUAACGACAAAUAAUUGUGUGUCUCUCUGUGUGUGUGUAUGCAUGUACUUAAAAAGUCAUUUGCAUAAUUAGCCACAAAUGACUUUUAUUUAAAAUAUUCUUAAAUAAGUGUAUUAAAUUAUAGAGUAAAACAAAAAAAAUUUUAAAUAACAAAUAAAUAAUUUAAAUAAAAUUUAUUCAAAUAAAAACAAAUUGUUUAAUUUUAAAUGAUAAUUAUACAAAUAUUGCAGCAAUCAUAUAAAGAAUAAUUUUAUUGGCAGUGAAACGUAAAGUAUUAAAAAUCUAAGAAGUAUUAAAAGAAAAACUUUUUAACUAUAAGAAAGUAGCAGACAAGCAGCCAGCAUCAAUGUUGCAAUAAGGAAAAUGAGUAAAGUUUUCGAAAGCAACAACAAAUGAAACCUACAACAUUAGCAUGACUUAAAAAUUAGCUUUUCAAUUAAACACAUUUACACAACGAGCUGCUGAGUAGAGUAGGAGAGAAAAAAUAAUAAGUAUUAAACAAAAACCCUCAACAAAAAAAAAAGAAAACUUAAAAUUAAACAAGUUAAACAUUUAAAUACAAAGAAAUAAUACUACAAAACUUUGUCCAUAGCUUAUAAAACUUUUGUAAAAAUCUUCUAAGAAAUAAACACAGUAUAUUUUAACUUAGUUGAAAAACCAUUUAGACAAGAUUGUAACAGCCAACCAAGCAACAACUUAUACAAACACUAUUUACGACAGCAACACCUGCAGCAGCAACAACAGCUGCAACAUUUUAUAAAUAUGGAUAAUGAAGAGAAACUAUGGCAGGAUAAUAAUGCACCAUCACCUUCAAUAGCAUCAGCAACAACUUCUAUUAAUUCUGCUACACCACGUCUAGUGCGCACACCAUCACCUUCUACGGCCACUAGUCCGCAUACACCACCUCUCCAGCCUUUGGUACAAACAUUUACAGCACCUUUGCAUCGUAAAAAGGGUCGUCUACAACGUUCCGAACGUUUGCAGACCGUAGACAGUGGUUCGAAUUCAUCAAGCGGUAAUAAUUCAACAUCAACACCAACCUCAUACUCAGCAUGGGAAGCAUUGGUGAAGGAGAGUUUCGGUCAAAUUGCUUGGCCAAUUAAAAUAACAUCAUGGGAGCUGGUGGACGAUCGUGUUAAGGUUGUGCCAAAUAGGUAAGUGGAAAGAAUAAUCAUAUUUUUGAAGAAACAUAUUUAACUGAUGCUAUUAAGAAAAGUUGUUCCACAGCUCUAAAUUUUUAGAAGAUCACUUGAACACUUGAAACAAAGACAAGCAAUUGUCGUAAAUUUAAAAUCAAUUUUUGAAGAUAGCACUUUAUGAACUUUUCGUAAAACAUUAAGAAGUAUUUUAUUAUUUAAACAAUUCUAUAUAUAUUAAUUUUUAUAUAUAAUUAAACAUCGGAACUGAUGA